AUGCUAGAGCACAAAUACGGCGGCCACCUGGUGUCCCGCAGGGCAGCUUGCACCAUCCAGACUGCAUUCAGGCAGUACCAGCUCAGCAAGAACUUUGAGAAGAUCCGCAACUCCCUGCUGGAGAGCCGCAUGCCACGCCGCAUCUCCCUGAGGAAAGUCCGCGUCCAGAACUCGGAGAGCUUCUCUGCGGAGAAAGCCCUGGUGGAGGGCUACAACUUCGUGGGCAUCCCCCUGGUGAGGUCCCCAUCCCUGCCAGCCACCAUCAGUGGGGCUCUCACUGAGCUGGAGGACUCCUUCACAGAACAAGUCCAAUCUCUGGCCAAAUCCAUCGAUGAUGCCCUCAGCACCUGGAGCCUGAAGACCAUGUGCUCCCUGCAGGAUGGGGGCUCGUACCAGAUCAGGGAGACCUUCAGCGCCAGCUCCAUGCAGCCAAACCAAGACUUAGAAGCUGAGCUGCAGGAUCAGGAGAAGGAGGAAGGUCUCCUGCCAGAUACUCUACCCAAGAGCAGCAGCACUCUCAUGAUGGCUUUUCGAGAUGUCACAGUUCAGAUAGACAACAAGAACAUCUCUGUCUCAUCAUCUACCUCGGUGUCCAUGGCAAACUGUCUCAGCAGCAACGACCAGGCUGGGCUCUCUCCAGCUACCAAGGCUGAAGAAAGCCAAGAAGAAGGGGAGGGAGAAGCCAGUGAACUACCCUCUGCCCCAGAGAGCUUACCUGAGAACAGCCUCACUUCCACCGAGGUGGAUGUCAGUACUAAUGGCACGGGGGACAGCAGUGCUGAGCCGGAUCAGAUGGCCAUGCAGAAACUCCAGUUUGAUGCAAGCAGUGAGGCAGGGCAAAGCAAAGCCUUGGAGUCUGAGAAUGCAGACAACUCAGAGCAGCUGAGCAGCAGCAGCACCUCCACCUCAGCCAAGUCAGCCUCUGAGGUGUCCUCAAAAGAAGCCCUGCAGGCCAUGAUCCUCAGUCUCCCGAGGUACCACUGCGAGAACCCAGCCAGCUGCAAGUCCCCCACACUUUCCACAGACACCAUGAGGAAACGCCUUUACCGCAUUGGGCUGAACCUCUUCAACAUAAACCCAGACAAAGGCAUCCAGUUCCUGAUUUCCCGAGGUUUCAUCCCAGACACCCCCAUUGGGGUGGCACAUUUUCUGCUGCAGAGGAAGGGGCUCAGCCGCCAGAUGAUUGGGGAAUUCCUGGGCAACAGCAAGAAGCAGUUCAACAGGGAUGUCCUGGACUGUGUCGUGGACGAGAUGGACUUCUCAGGCAUGGAGCUGGACGAAGCCCUGCGAAAAUUCCAGGCUCACAUCCGCGUGCAGGGGGAAGCACAGAAGGUGGAGAGGCUCAUCGAGGCUUUCAGCCAGAGGUACUGCAUGUGUAACCCAGAUGUGGUCCAGCAGUUUCACAACCCGGACACCAUCUUCAUCUUGGCCUUUGCCAUCAUCCUCCUCAACACGGACAUGUACAGCCCCAACAUCAAGCCUGACAGGAAGAUGAUGCUGGAGGACUUCAUUCGCAAUCUGAGAGGGGUGGACGACGGUGCUGACAUCCCUCGGGAUCUGGUGGUGGGGAUCUAUGAGAGGAUCCAGCAGAAAGAGCUAAAGUCUAAUGAGGACCAUGUAACUUAUGUCACCAAAGUGGAGAAGUCCAUAGUUGGAAUGAAAACGGUCCUGUCGGUGCCCCACCGCCGGCUGGUGUGCUGCAGCCGCCUGUACGAGGUCACCGAUGUCAACAAGGUGCAGAAGCAGGCAGCUCACCAACGGGAGGUUUUCCUCUUCAAUGACCUGCUGGUGAUCCUCAAGCUUUGCCCGAAGAAAAAAAGCUCUUCAACAUACACAUUUUGCAAGUCAGUCGGCCUGCUAGGGAUGCAGUUCCAUCUCUUUGAGAAUGAGUAUUACCCCCAUGGUAUUACACUGGUGACUCCAGUUUCAGGCUCAGAGAAGAAGCAAGUACUCCACUUCUGUGCUCUGGGUGCUGAGGAAAUGCAGAAGUUUGUGGAAGACCUGAAAGAGUCAAUAGCAGAAGUGACAGAACUGGAACAGAUACGAAUUGAAUGGGAACUGGAGAAACAGCAAGGGACAAAGACUCUCUCCUUAAGGACCAAUGGAGCCCAGAUGGAACUGCAGUCUAAGCAAGGCUCUCCAACAGGUAAGAGGGAUUUGGGGGAGAAGGUCUCGGACAGCACAGUGGAGGUUUUAAUCAAUGCCUCCCCAGCCAGACUGACAAUUUUACCAAUUUCCAGAGAUACAAUUAAAAGUUACUGCUAGGACGGGUAAUACAACUUUCAAAUCCAAACUAAA